AUGAGUAAUAAUAGCAAUUUCAAAUAAUAUUUAAGGAUACGACCAUUAGACUAUUAAACAGAUAUGAUAAAUAUUAAAGAAAAUGUUAUUACUAUAACCGAUCCAUAAUUUAAAUAAAAAGAAAAUGCUCAUUUAUUGUCUUCUUAAAAAGAAUAAAAUUUCAAAUAUGAUAAAAUUUUUGGAGAAAAUACUUAAUAAGAAUAAAUUUAUUAAUAGAUUGGAUAACCCUCUAUUGAUAAUUUAUUAAAUGGAAAUAAUUCUUUAAUUAUUGCAUAUGGAUAAACAGGAAGUGGAAAAACAUUUACUAUUUAUGGAGAAAAUAAUUCUUUUACCCCAUAAAUAGAUAAUAAAAAUAAAAAGCAAGGAAAUUAAAAAGGACUUGUAUUAAGAUGUUGUGAAUAUUUACUUUAAAAAAUAAAAGAAUUAGAAUAAACAAAAGAAAUUAUUGUAAAUAUGAGUUUUUCAGAUAUUUAUUUUGAUAAAAUAAGAGAUUUAUCUCGUGCAUAUUUAAAUAACGAUUAGUAAAAUUUAAUUUUAUACGAAAAUACAAAUGGUUUAAUAAUGGCAAAAGAUAUGAAUUUUAUUCAAUUAGAAAGUCUUAAUUAAUUAUAAUAAAUGCUUAAAAUAGCAUUUCAACUAAGAGAAAUUCAAGAAAGUAAAGGAAAUUUAAUAUGGGCAAGAGCAUAAACAAUACUAACAUUAAAUGUAAUAUAGAAAGAUAAAAUAAAUGAAAAUAUACCUUUUAAAAAUACAAUUAUUUAGUUUGUUGAUUUAUCAGGAUCUGAAAGAAUUGCCAAAAGCUUAAAUGAAGGAAAUAAACUAUGUGAAUCUAUAUUAAUUAAUUAAUAUUUAGCAUCUUUAAAUAAAUGCUUAUAGAAUAUUUCUUUGAAAAAUUAAAAUCUUAAUUAUAAAGAAACAAAAUUGACUCAUUUUCUUUAAAAUACUAUGAAAAGUAGAAGUCAUAUUAGUCUUAUUGGUCAUUUAAAUCCAGGUGAUAGUAAUUUUGAUGAGUGUCUUUUUACACUUUAAUAUUUAGAAAGAUGUUCUUAAGAUGCACCUAAAAUGCUUUAGUUGCCUUCUAAUUCUAAUGGAAGUUACAAUAAUAAUAAUCACUAAAAUAGCGAAUAAAUUAUAAAAAGAUUAAAGAAAGAAGUUGCCGAAUAAAAGGAAAAAAUUGAUAGAGUCAAAAACGAUAAUAAAAAGAAAUUAAUUGAUAUUUAACACUUAUUAGGAAUUGAAGUUGAUUUUGAUGAAUUACUUAGUAAAUAAUUCACUAAAGAAUUCGAAUAGUUAAAACAAUAAAAAGAUAGUAUUGUUAUGCUUGAAAAUGUUUAAAAAUAUAACUAAAAUUUGAUAAAAAAAAUUGAAAAAUUACACAAAAGUGUUUAAGAUAUAAAAAGUUAGGAAUUAAAAAAGCAUAAUGAAUAAAUGGUUUAAAUUAAUUUAUUAAGAGAUUAAAUAAAAGAUUUAUAAGAAAAUUGUUAAAAAACUUAAAUGAAAAAUUUAUUUAAAGAUAAAUAAGCUGAAUAAAAGUAACUUUUUGACAAAAACUCUGGAUAAAUAGAAGAAAAAGUCAAUAUUGUGUUUAAUUUAUAGAAUUUUAUUUAAAAUAAAACUUAAGAAAACCAAAAAAUUAAUGAUAUUAAAAAAGGAAUAAAAUACGAAAUUGAAAAAGAACAUAAAAAUUAGAUAGAAAAUCUAAAAAAAGAAUAUUAAGUUUUAAUUGAUAAUACAAAAGCUUAAUUUGAUGAUCUUUUAAAAUAAAAAAAUGAACAAAUUUAAGAUUUUAUUAAGGAAAUUAAGGCUUAUAGAUAAAAUAAAAAAUAAUAUUUAAAUGAAUUAAAACAAGAGAUGUUAGAUAUGUAUGAUUAAAUUAUGUAAUAUAAUUAAGUUAUAUCUAAAAUAGAGGUUUCUUUAUUUAUUUUUUAUUUUUUUAAUUUAUAUUAUUUUUAGUCCGGUACUUAUACUGGUGGUAUAAAAUCUUUUAAUAUUGCUGAAAAAGAAAAACCUAUUCUUCCAUAAAGAUAAAAAUAUAAAAAUGAUAUAGAUUUAGAAGACAUUUUAAAUGAUGAAGAUGAUGAUUCAGAAUAAGACGAAUAAGAAGAUUAAAAAAAAUAUGAAAUUAAAAAGAAAUAAUGUACUUUAAGCAAAUUUGCGGUUUAACAUAAAGACAAACAAAAUAAUCAAGAUCAUUAUUUAAAUGCAGAAUUAGUUAAUAUUUUUGAUUUUAAUCCCAAUGAAUUAUUAGGUUUAUAAGAAGAUAUAAUUUAAAAUGAAAAUAAUGAAUAAAUUCAAGAAAACAUUGUUUUAGGAGAAAUGAUUAAUUAUGGUUUUCCUAAAGCAUUAUGUGCUUUUUAAAAUAAAUUGCUUAUAAUAGGAACAUCUUAUGGAAUGAUAAUAAUAUUUGAUUUAAAAAAUAAAAAAAUAAAUAAAAUUAUUGGUUGUUUUGAUGAUUAUAAAAAAUAUGGUCCAGUUUCUUCACUUGAUAUUUGUAAAUAAGGAGAUUAUAUUGGGGCUGGCUAUGAAAAUGGAACAAUAGUAUUAUAUGAUGUUGAUUAAGGAAGUGUUUUAAAAUCAAUUUUUGGAAUGCAUGAAGGAGAAAUUAUUGCGUUUAAAUUUUUAAAAGAGGGAAUAAAUACUAUUAGUGAAAGUUUUGAUAUUGUUGGUCAUUUAUGUGUCGAUAGUUAAAUUAUAUUUUUUGCUACUGCAACUAAUAUAUAUAGUGGACAUUUUUUCACUUGGAAGGAAUGUAUAAAAAAAUAUGUAGAAAAAAGUGAUUGGAAAAUGGCUUUAAAAAUUGGAUUUGAAUUAAUUAAAGGAAAAUGUUAAUGUUUUAGCAUUUUACCUAAUUUAAAUUCUUUAGAAGACAAAGGUAAAUUUAUGGAUAUUUUUUUGGAUUUAGUUACUGUAUUUUUGUAAAACAGUUCAGAAGAAAUCACCUAAUAAGGGUUUUCUUAUGAGAUAUAAAAAGAAAAUAAAGAUAAAGGAAAAAAAUAUAUUUAUUAAUGCAUGUGGUUUUUGCGUACAACAUUAGAAGGUAAGAUGUUUCCAAAUGAUUAAAUAGAGGAGAAAGUGUAUAUAAAUACUAUAAGAUCACUUGUUGUUUGGCUAUUUAUUGAAGAAAUUCUUAUAGCGUUUUUAAAUUAUGAUUCUAAGAUUUUUUUAGAUAUAUUAUUUAUGUUUUUUGAAGGAAGACCUGCUUUAAUAUUAAGAGAAUAUGAUUAAAAUUUAUAUUAAAUUAAAUAAUUAUUGGAAGUUGCUGAUGAUUCAGAAUUUGAUGAAAUAGUGGCAUAUUUAUAUUUCCUUUAAGGAGAUAUAGAAAGAUCAUUUAAUAUGUACUUAUUUAUGAAAAAAGAUUAAAUAUUUGAAAUACUUUCAUAGUUUCCUUCACUUUUACUUGAUUAUGUUGAAUGUAUUAUAUAAGAUAGAAAAUAAGGUCUUAUUGCUUUAAAGAAUGAAACUUUAGCUCUUUAUAUUACUUUACUAUGUUAAUAAGAACCAAGUAGAGUUAUUUAAGAAUUAAAAAAUAAUUAUUAUCCUUUAGAAGAAAUUCUUAUUAUAUGUGAAAAAAAUAAGGCUACAGAAGCUGAAGGAUUUAUUUGUGAAAAAUUAGGUUAUUAUUAGAAAGCUUUGGAAUUGUAUUCUGAAGUUUUUUUAAAUAUUUGUAGAAAAGCAAUUAAUAAAAUUUCUUAAGAAAAAUACUUUAGAAUUAUGGUUAAAAAUGUCUUAUUCUAUUUUAGAUUAUAAUACAGAGAAUUCUAUAUGGAAAAGAUUGAAUUAAAUCUAAUUAUUGAUAAAAAUGAACUUUUAAGAUAAUAAAAUACUUUCUAAAAACAGAUUUAAAUAUAGUAAAUAAAAGCUGAAAUUAAAGAUAAAAUGAUAAGAAAACUAAAAAUAUUUGAUUGUUUUAUUGAAGAAAAUAUAAUGGAUAUUGAUUAAAUGAGAUAAAAAUAUAUUUAAUUAUGA